UUGUCGCUAGCCGGCAGCCCGCUUCGCUCGCCCGCCACUAUAUGGUUAGGGGCCAUAAAUCUAGAGGAAUCAUCUGCGAAUUAUUCAAAGGCGCCGCUCGGCCGCCGCAACCCGGACGCGCCCGGCUCGGCUCGAUCAUCAUCUGAACGAAUGUUUUAUGUAUAUAUUUACACAUCACAGCUAGGAGAGGUAUGGUACCUAUGUGUGGACACGUGGUGUCAUGGUAGUGUGGCAGACAGUUAUCGUGAGUCCAGCGUGGACUAG